GUCACGUGUCCGCGGCCUCAGCGGGGCGGAGCCGGCGUCUCUUGACUUCCGUCACUUCCGGUUCUCUGUCAGUCGCGAGCGAGGUAGCAGGAGGGUGUCCGACUGCACCAGCGAAGCAAUGCCUAAAUCAAAGGAACUUGUUUCUUCAAGCUCUUCUGGCAGUGAUUCUGACAGUGAAGUUGACAAAAAGUUAAAGAGGAAAAAGCAAGUUGCUCCAGAAAAACCUGUGAAGAAGCAAAAGACUGGUGAAACUUCAAGAGCUCUGUCAUCUUCCAAACAGAGCAGCAGCAGCAGAGAUGAUAACAUGUUUCAGAUUGGGAAAAUGAGGUAUGUUAGUGUUCGGGACUUUAAAGGGAAGGUUCUAAUUGAUAUUAGAGAAUAUUGGAUGGAUCCAGAAGGUGAAAUGAAACCAGGAAGAAAAGGUAUUUCUUUAAAUCCGGAGCAGUGGAGCCAGCUGAAGGAACAGAUUUCUGACAUUGAUGAUGCAGUAAGAAAACUGUAAAGUCCGAGCCAUAUAAAACCUGUACUGUUGUAGUUGUUUUAAUCUGUCUUUUUACAUUGGCUUUUGUUUUCUAAAUGUUGUUUUCCAAGCUAUUGUAUGUUUGGAUUGCAGAACAAUUUGUAAGUUGAAUACUUUUUUUUAAUGUGCAUUAUUAAAAAUGUUCUGAGUGAAGCUAAUUGUCAUGUUUAUUAAUAAGGAGGAUUGCUUUGUGCCCACCACCUAGUGUAAAAUAAAAUGGAAUAAUACAAUCUCA